UAAUUUUAGUUAAUUGGAGAAUAACUGUUUCUAUUAAAAUGUGUCAAUAAAUUAGUGAAGUAGUUGUACAUAAACAUUUACAAAGUGUGUUGCAAAACAACCCCUAAGCCAGCUGUAGCUGUACCUGGGCGGUAUGUGUAUGGACUCAAGUACCCAAAGCAGUUUCCGACAAUGCAUCAGUUAAUGCGACAAUUGCUCAAUUACAAAUACCUGACGAGAGAACAAAUCAAUGGCUUCGACAAUUACAAGUAUAGUGCCAUUGACACUUCGCCGUUAAGCAAAUAUGUUAUGCAUCCGUUCUGGAAUUGGUUAGUCGAGUUCUUUCCGCGAUGGUUUGCGCCAAAUUUGAUGACCUUCCUCGGCUUCCUCUUCAGUGCUAUGAAUUUGGUGCUGCUCUCCUAUUACGAUUGGAAUUUUAAUGCCAGCUCUGGAGCGGAGGACACUACACCGAUACCGUCUUGGGUUUGGCUUUGCACAGCGCUUAAUAUUUUCAUAGCCUACACACUGGAUGGUAUCGAUGGAAAACAGGCACGGCGAAUUGGCCUCUCGGGUCCAUUGGGCGAGCUUUUCGACCAUGGCCUAGACUCGUACACAGCUAUGCUGAUCCCCACAUGUUUAUAUAGUAUAUUCGGGCGGAGCCAGAUCUAUUCUGUGCGUCCGAUGCGAAUGUACUAUGUAUGUUUGACGGUCUAUUUCAAUUUCUUCGUGUCCCACUGGGAGAAGUACAACACCGGUGUGUUGUACUUGCCCUGGGGGUAUGACCUCAGCAUGUGGGGCAGCACGGCUAUGUAUGGUUUUACAUGGUUGUUCGGCUUCGAACGCUGGAAAUCUGAGUUGUCUUUUGGUUUCCUGGGCACAAUACCAUUGGGAAACGUUAUGGAGGCAGUGCUCCAUGUCAGCGCAAUGGCCAAUCUACCGCUCGUAGUCCUCAACGUAUACAAUUCCUACGCACAUCGCACAGGUCGUAUGCUAUCUUUGGGAGAGGCCAUACGUCCACUUUGGCCAUUCUUAACGUAUUUUGUCAUAUUGCUGCUGUGGCCCUUUAUGUCUCCAAAUGAUAUUAUGGAAACAGAUCCACGGGCCAUUUUCAUGCUAAGCGGUACCGUCUUCUCCAACGUCAGCUGUCGCCUUAUUGUUGCUCAAAUGUCCAGCACGCGCAGCGAGGCCUGGCAUUGGCAGACACCCAUGUUCGCAUUGUCCCUAAUCCUAAGUCUAUGGCUGCCCAUACUGGAGCGUCCGCUGCUCUACACGCUGCUCGUUGUGACAACCCUUACCCAUUGGCAUUACGGAGCCAGUGUGGUCAAUCAGAUGUGUGAUCACUUCAAUCGCAUCUGCUUUACGGUGCACAAACGGGUGCCAACGCUGGAGAAGGAGCAGGACAAGCUAAAUCCAAAGGCCGACUUGCUGAAGCAGGAAUAGUCGGGGACAUGGAUGUUUGCAUAUAUUAGGCGCUGGCUUUAGGGCUUCUGGUUGUUGCAUUCAGUCAGUUUCUACUCCUUUUCAAAUAUUCUGUGCGUAUGUGUUUCCUUCUUUAUCGUUUUAAAUUGAGGCUGGUUUUAGUCAAAACAAUUCGUAAGUUUAUAUCUAGGUUAGCUGAACAAUAGAUCAGGAUAUUCUUCAGUUAUAUGUCUUGUAUUUUACAUUUGUAUUUUUUCCGCUGUGUAGUUUGGAACUUGUAUUGAACUCCUAUGAGAUUUGUUGCAAAAAGUAUUACAAAACUCAGUAAAUAGUAUUAUUUUUAUUGAUAAAACAUUUAAGAAAUUGAUAGCAAAAAGUAUAUUUAUAGGUUCCAAAAACACUCGGGGAAAUCUAAACGGAAACUCCUAAACGAAGCCAGUGUACAAUUCUAUACAAAUUUUAUGUUUAUGUUUAUGUAGAUAUAAUAAGACUUGAGAUUUUAUAUUACCCACAACGUGCAAAAUCCAAGACUUAGAAUCAGACACCUUCUUCCUAAACAGCUUCCUCUCCACUUCACCCAUAUCACCAAAUGUAUUGUUGUACCCCUAAGCCCACUGUUCGUAUAGCUUUUUAAUCUUAUCUAGACAUAAUCGAAUAUUCUAUUUGUGCUAUUUAUAGUUUAUGUGUAUACUCAUUGCAAUUCAUUUGUUCAAGUAUUUAGUUUAAUUUACUGGGAAAAUUAAGAAAAGACCGUAAAAAACUUUUAAAUAUAACCGAGAACACCUCUGAUUAUUUAA